AUGCGGCGCUUCUUCAAUUUCGUCGCGGGCGAUGGCCCUCCCCAACCGGACGCCGCUGAUGCAGGUUCGUUAGAACCUGUGCCAUCCUUUGAGGAGGACAAAGAAAGCUUUGAACGAGCAACGGCUCUGUCGCGCUCCAUAGAGCCUGGCUCCGCGCAGAACACUCCAACUCUGUCUCCACGAGUUUCACAACAUUCCGACACUGACGAACGCCAACCGCAUGUCGACUCACCACCUGCCAACCCGGCUUUUGACAGACCUCCGGAUUCUCCGCUUUCCACAGCGAGUGAGAGUCCCGCUAUUAACGCUGCACUACGACUGCGGGGAGUCGUAACUGUCGUGCAAGCGUAUGUUGAUGAGACCGCCGAUAGCGUCCUGACUGUGCAAGUUGUUGAGGCCCUGAAAGAUCUGGCUGAGAUCAUGGUCUGGGCAGAUCAGCACGACCCAGAUGUGUGGGAUGUGUUCCUUGAGCUUUCUGUGAUGCCGCUGCUGGUGCGCUGUCUACAGGUCAGUGUGAAGCCUCAAUCAGCUUUUGCAGAAUCUCAGGCUAGUGAGAUGGAUCCAAUCGUCACCGCGAACGAACUAGCAUUAGAAUCACAAGGGGACGGCGAGGAAAAAGAUAGCGACGAAGACAGGGAGUUUUCCACCAUUGCCCCUGGUAACGAUAAUCGUACAGCUGUGGUGGGAUCACAACCGAACGGGACAUCUGCUGAAGGGUUGACAAAUUCCUCUGUUGGCAUGUCGGGUCGGCAGUCUUCAGCUCUAUCAUUUACUAGUUCAAUCGUGGAAGCCGAGUCGAGUCACACCGAGCGGAAAAUUGGUGAGGCUGCAGAAGAAGUGGACAAUCAAGAGCACUAUGCAUUGACCAACGACGGUACUGAGGUUCAGGCACAGAUAUUGCAGACACUAUCUAUUGUGAUUCAGAGCGUGUCGCGGCAAGAAUCUCUUCUGUGCUUAUUUUCUUCAAACCACAUCAACCAGAUUCUUUCAUUUGAAUUUGCGUUUGAACAUGACGAGAUGUUAGCUUACUUCAUUUCUGCCGUCAAAUCCAUUGCCCUGAAGCUCGACGAAGGUUUGGUUCAGCUUUUCUUCGAUCCUGGAAAGGGCUCAUUUCCAUUAUACACCGCCGUGACCAAAUUCUUUGAUCACCCAGAAGCGAUGGUCCGGAUUGCGAUGCGAAAUGUAACACUCACUAUUUAUGCACUUGGGGAUUCGGAAGUCUUACGGUUUGCAGCCAAAGACGAAGCGCAGUAUUUCCCCAAUACCAUGGAACUGCUGGCUAGGCUGUGUGGUAGCGUUGGCAGGGCAUUUGAGUUUUUACUGGACGAUGGGAGGGAAGUGCGAAGGACGAGAAGUCGGACUGGGCUUUUUCGACGACGUGUUAAAUUAUCUGAGCUUACUGCCAAGCUCGAGGAAAUUGAGAACAUCUCUGCGUAUCUUGGCGAUGUGUCUACCGUUUCGCAAUCGUAUCUUCACCCUCUGGUUGUCAGCCUCAUCAGCAAGCGGGUGUUCAGCCCGUUUUUCAGACCAAUAGCGUCUCAGGCAUCUCCAGCUUCUUUGCACCUACUGCGAAAACAGUGGGGCCUAACCAGGGCAGAUGCAGAAACAGAUACAAAACCAGCUUUGCCACUUUUCGAUGCGGCGGCGAGAGCUUUGGUGUUGACAUGCAUGCUGACUCACUGCAAGGCCUCACCACUUGGUAGUGUUCUUGUACGAGACCUUUGCAGACCUACGUCUGAUUUUGAACAUCGUCACGUUCUACAUGGUCUCAAGGGUAUGGCUACAAAUAUCAAGGGAACUGAGCGCGUCACAUUUGUCUCCCUUUGUGCGAUUGAGGCAUUCAUUAGUUGUGAGGCUGCGUCGAAGCAAUUAUUGGGAAGUUUGAAGUACGAUUUAUUUCUCGAAGAUAUCGAUGAAAUCGACGAAUUCUUUGCAGACAGCCCAUUCAAGAGCUUUAUUAACAUUGGCAUUCCGGAUGAGGAUGAUCUACAGCGUCGUGGAUCGGAACCUCUGCUCAUGACUUUAUCUGAUUUUGAGGCCCCUCUGACUCCAACGGGUUCACGGCCUUCUACUCCGACGCUGCCAAGCAACCCUUCCUUUGAUGGGAUGAAGACCCCACCAAGUGGACUUUUCGACUCCCGAUUCUCCAGUACGGACAGUAGCCCAGGUUUCCACUUGUCCCCACCCGCCGACAUAGCACCAGCAAUAGAGAGGAGCGAUAGCGACGGUAUUUUAUCUUCCUUUCAAUUCGGGGAAACCUCGUUGAGGGAGGCGUUGUCUUCGAUCGUUCUAGUGGUGAGAAGGCGAGAAGUGAGGACAACCCGGGUGCUUCACGCGAUAUAUCGCAUCAUUUCAGCUGUAUAUAAGAGAACGUCAGAUAUCAACUCAUCUGUUGAUGUAACGAAGAUCAUGCUGGAUGAGCUUGCCGGCGUAAUUCACGGAUUCAUGAAAAACAAACGGACAACUAUUGUAGCAAUUGAACAAAUGUUCGACAAUUUUGUUGCAGCGGCAAAGGAUGACGAUAUCCACCCACAGGAGUGCAUGGAUCUUGAAUCCAUCGUAUCUCCGGAUCAGCUGCCCUCUUUUGCAUCAGCAUUCCCGAACGGAGCGGGAAAACGUCGACGGGUACACUUGGAAGAUGCAACCCCUCCCAUUGAAGUGCAGGAUGCCCAGACUUUUUGUAUACUGGGGAAUAUAUACGAUGACAUGCUCCGGGCAGGAAAGAUUCUGGGAAGAUUGGGGAGUUUAUCUGAGCGCGUAUUACAAAUACUAACAGCAGAUGGAGUGGAUGACUCGUAUCUAGACAAACGCGACGCUUUAGAACAGGUUAGUGAAGCCGUCCUGAAACACGGAGAGUCGUAG